AUGGGGAAGGUCUCCAUGGCAGCACUCAUCCUCUGUGUGUCCCUUCUUGCCCUCUCCACGGCAGUUUCCAUUGGCGAGGCAGCAGUCGUCGAGCACACCUUUGUUGUCCACGAGAUGAACGUGACCCACCUGUGCAACACGACCAAGAUCUACGUGGUGAACGGCCAGUUCCCCGGCCCGCAGAUCGACGUCACCGACGGCGACACGGUGGUGGUCCACGUCGUGAACCGGCUGGACCACGGCCUGACCAUCCACUGGCACGGCGUGCGGCAGCUCCGGAGCUGCUGGUCCGACGGCGCCGGCUUCGUCACCGAGUGCCCCAUCCCUCCCGGCGCCGACCACACCUACCGCUUCAACCUCACCGGCCAGGUCGGCACCCUGUGGUGGCACGCGCACGUCACCUGCCUCCGCGCCACCAUCAAUGGCGCCUUCGUCAUCCGCCCCAAGGACGGGACGAACUACCCGUUCCGCCGCACGACGACGCCGCCGGCCAAGGACGUGCCCAUCGUCAUCGGCGAGUGGUGGCAGCUCGACCUCGUGGAGCUCGACCGGAGGAUGGCCGACGGUAACUUCGACGACAACCCGCUGUCGGCCACCAUCAACGGGAAGCUCGGCGACCUCAGCAACUGCUCCGGCGUGCCCGAGGAGAGCUUCGUCCUCGACGUGGAGCGCGGCGAGACCUACCUGCUGAGGAUCAUCAACACGGCGCUCUUCUCCGAGUACUACUUCAAGGUGGCCGGGCACACGUUCACGGUGGUCGGCGCCGACGGCAACUACCUGACGCCGUUCGAGACGGACAUGGUCACCGUCGCGCCGGGGGAGACCAUCGACGUGCUGAUGACCGCCGACGCGCCGCCGGCGCACUACCACAUGGUCGCGCUCGCCAACCAGCCGCCGGAGCCUGACCCGCAGAUCCCCGUGUUCGUCUCGCGGGGCCUCGUCCGCUACGCCGGCGUCGUGCGCGGCGGCGACAACAACGGCCGCGUGCCCGUGCCGCCGGCGGCCGUGCCCGUCAUGCCCGACCAGCACAACACCAUGCCGUCCUACUACUUCCACGGCAACCUCACCGGGCUCGCGUACCCAGAGCGCCACCGCGUGCCCAUGAACGUCGACGAGCGCCUCUUCGUCACGCUAGGGCUCGGCUCCCUCUGCCGUGGAGGCAAGAAGGUGUGCAAGCGCCGCCGCAGCGAGGAGACCAUCGUGGUGGCCACCAUGAACAACGUCUCCUUCCACCACCCCAACACCACGUCGCUGCUGGAGGUGUACUACGACUCCGGCAAUGGCACGGGGGUGUACACGGAGGACUUCCCGGAGAAGCCGCCGCACCCGUACAACUACACCAACAGGGAGCUGAUCCCGCCGGGGCCGCUGGAGGAGGUGCUGGAGCCGACGUUCAAGGCGACCAAGCUCCGGCGAUUCAAGUACAACACGACGGUGGAGAUCGUGUUCCAGAGCACGGCGCUGCUGCAGAGUGACUCCAACCCCAUGCACCUCCAUGGAUACGAUUUCUUUGUGCUUGCGCAAGGGCUUGGCAACUUCGAUCCCAAGAGGGACGUGGCCAAGUUCAACUACCACAACCCACAGCUCAGGAACACCGUGCAAGUGCCAAGAACAGGAUGGGCCGCAAUCCGCUUCGUCACAGACAAUCCAGGAAUGUGGUACUUGCAUUGCCACUUUGAGUUUCACAUUGUGAUGGGCAUGGCGACAGCGUUCAUAGUUGAGAAUGGGCCAACACCGGAGACCAGCCUUCCUCCACCACCACCGGAAUACAAGAGAUGUGGUGCCAAUGGUCUUAGUCAACCAUAGAGUUUUCAUCUAGAUCAACACGGGUCCAAAAUUUUUUAGACAAACGACUAUAUGACAAAUAAAGAUCAUGGAGGUCGGUGAAUGCUUCGUCAUGUUAUUUUGUUGUGUAAGAUGAUUUAAUUAUUUUACUACUUUUAUAUUUCAAUGUAUACGUCAAGAUGUAAGAUGGUGAUAUAACUAAAAUUACAAGGGAUGUAAUAUGAACAAAAAAAAAAUAUGUACAAGUUCAGUUCAUGGUGUCA